AUGAAUAGGAUUCAGAAAUUGCUAUUCUCAGAAUACAGUGAACUUGAAGAACUCGUUUUGUUAGAAAGCCCUUUCGCAGAAACCGAGAGGAACGGUAACGCCAUACGUCAGGUUCAGUUAGGACUGACUCCAAGAAAUCUCAUUAUUGCUGGAGAUAUGAUCACACCUGCAGAUGAGGUGGAAAUUGGUUAUUGCUUGGGACUAGAUCCAGAAAUUGAAACACUGGAACUAAUUUCUAUUGUACCAGUUGAGUGUGUUAAUCUUAGUGUUUUCAGCAGAAGGAAAAGGCGUACACUCAAAGCUCAUUUUUGUAAUUCUGUAAUUAAAUAUUAUGAACUUGGAGGCUCAGAACAUCGUAAGAUGUUCUGGAAUCUAUGGUGUGAGAAAGUGAGGUUUUUGUCCCCCAGUGAAGAUUUCUCAUGUCUGUCAGAAACAUCAGCUGAAUCUUCGUCAUCUGAAAGCAGCCUCUAUAUCAAGUCCAAGAAACAUACAGUUUCUGAGUCAGGGAAGCACAGACUAUGGUGUCAGUUUGGAAGGGGCCAAGCCAAAGAUGAGAAUGUGGCUGCCCAUGAAGAACAAAGUAUAGUGUCUGAUAACCAUGUCGCAGAACUUCUUCCAGUCAACAGAAGUGUCCUCCGAGGAACAUCGUUAACUGAAAUCCGGGUGAAUUUUGAGGAACCAUUCCAAAAGCAGCACAGUGUGAAGGAGCUUGAGCAGGCAUGGGUGGAGCUUAGAGCAACAACCAGUCAGCAUUCAGAAUCAUCUGUAGCUUCAUUUAUAUUAAGGCUGUGCCAUAAGGAGAAACAGGUGCGCCCCAGGUUGGUGUCAUUAGGCAAGUGCUCCGGCGAUCACCACCUCACAGCAGAUAUCAUCCUGCAGAGCAGCAGAUCACAGACUGCUCUGCUGCAGCUUCGUAAGAGAGUAAAGAAGUCAGUGCACCAUAGAAAGAAGACAACAAGGUAUGUGAAUGGAAAGUUUGGAACAAGUUAUUAUGUCUGUGAUGAUAGCACUCUACAAUAUUUUAAACGGAAGCUGAAGAAGAAUCUGAAGUUAACAGUGUGGAACUUUAAUUCAACAACAUUGGCUUAUCAGCUAACUAUGAUUGAUAGAGAUCUAUUUUGCAAGAUUGAAGAAAUUGAAAUUGAAAUCUUAUUAAAGCAGCAUUCAGCCAGAAACACUCCCAACAUAGCAGCAAUCAUCGCAUUCUCUCAUAGAAUAUCUUGCCUUGUUGCUACUGAUAUUCUUGAACAACAGAAUUUAAAAACAAGAAGCCUCCUGAUUGUACGGUUCAUCAGUGUAGCACAAAGGUGUGAUACCCUUCAAAACUUUCAGUCAUGUCAUAGUGUACUGGAAGGAUUACAAAGCCCAGCCAUUCAUAGACUCCAUAAGACCUGGGAACGUGUUCGCAAGGAAUAUCCAUCAAAAUACUGCUUGUUUGAAAAGCUCUGUCGUAAACAUCGAGAUCCACGACUGCCUGCAUACCAGAAGGCAUUUUAUCAGGCUAGUCUGCAGCCUCCAUUUCUACCUUUCAUUGGAGAUAUCCUAGCAAGAGCUCUUAGAAGAGUACCUAAUUUUCCCUUAAAACUCUUGUCAAAAUCUUCACAAGAAAGUUUUACAAAUUUCAAUGCCUCAGGAGUACAAGAAGUGGCAGCAGCUGGUACGAGGACAGUGGAUACUAGAGAAACAGCACACAGUCCUUCACGAAAAACUCGCUACAUUCAUUGUAUUCGGCAGUUCUUUUCCUUCUUCCAUAUUAUUUCAGUGGCCUCUGUUAAUUCCAUUAUGGAUAAUAAAAACAGUGAAGUUUCACAACAUGAAUUACCUAGCCCCAGGAAAUUUGAAGCAAAUAGUAUGCAGGUGCCAAAUAUUCAGACAUGUUGCUUGCUGCCAAACAAUGGAAAUGGUGAAGUUCUGUUUAAAAAUUUCAAUCCAGGAACUAUACCAUCUGCACUACACCCCAAUUAUAGUGUGCUAAAAGUAGGUGGUGUCAUACAUUUACUAGACUGGUAUAAGAGAGGCGCAAUGGUAUAUGAUUUCACCCUUGAUAAACUUGCAAGGGAUUAUUUGUUAAAGUCCCAUUAUCAAGAGGAAAAAGAAAACUACUUGCUCUCCACAAAGCUUGAAACUAUAACUAACAGUGAUCAAUAAUAAUUGUAAAAGAUGAUAAAUUGAUUGAAAUAUGUGAAGUGUAGUGUAUUUAAAUUUUCAGGCCACCGUCCAGUAACCACCCCCACACUUUUGAAAUGAUUUUGAAAAU